UGUAAAUAGUGUAUAUUGUUCCUCAUUGUAUCAUAGAAUGAAAAUGAAGGGCAAGGAGGAGGAGGUAAAGACAGGUGAAACAUUGUCUGAAAACUUCACUUGUUCCCGUGUUGUUCAAUUAUGAAUUUCUCUACACUUUCAAAAAACACCUCAUUAGAAACUAAGUAGGUUUAAUAAGUAAAGAUAUUUUCUAAAUUGGAAUUUCUGCGUAUUUUCAGUGAAUUGCCCUAAGUAAGUAUACUUUCUCUCCUGUAUUCACAGACGGACCGAAGGUGGCCUUCUAUGCGGCUUUGACUGAUUCAGGAGCAGUAGGACCCUUCAGCUCUGAAACCAAUCUGAUCUACAUCAAAGUCUUCACCAAUAUAGGCAAUGCCGUACCGCCAACAUACAGAGUGUGUUUGAGAGGGAGAAGAUUUCUCUGAUUUUGUCAGUCGACAUGGAUCGUCUGGACAGAAGGCUGGCAGUGACUCUUCUCCUCUUCUCAUUCAUCUCUUUCUCCACUCAGGAAACGUCCGUCUCCUGGUGUGUGGUGUCGGAGGCAGAGGAGUGUCUGGAUCUGGCUGGGAGUGCUACAGCCCGGAAUAUCAGAGGAACGCUGCUGUGUGUCCGUGGCCAGAGUCCCACAGACUGCAUGGAGAAGAUCAAGAAUGGUACAGCAGAUGCAGCAGCCAUGUUUCCUGAUGACAUCUACACAGCCGGCUGGUGCUUUGGACUACAACUGGCUGCUGGAGAGUCUUACAACGGACUGGAUGGUAUCAGCUACUAUGUUGUAGCUCUGGCUCGUCGCUCCUCCAGUGACCUGUCCCUGUUGGAGAUGCAUGAACGCAGCUCCUGUCACCCAGGGAUCCGUACCACGGUGGGCUGGACUGUUCCUAUUGGCUUCCUGGUCAACACCUCACAGAUCAGUGUCGAUGAACAAUGCAACUUUCCUAAAGGUGAGACCUGUGUGUGUGUGGGGGGGGGUGUGUGUGUGUUGUGUGGCCCAGACUCUUUGUGUGUAUUGUUGGUGUCACUGUGUGUCCCUCCAGCGGCGGGGGACUUCUUUGGCUACAGCUGUGUACCAGGAGUAAAGGACAGAGAACACGACCCCAGAGGAAGCAACCCUAAGAACCCGUGUGAAGCCUGCAUAGGAGAUGACAAUGAGAGACAUAUAUGUGUUAACAAUCACCGAGAGAGACACUAUGGAGAGGCUGGGGCACUGAGGUGUGUGGCUGAGAAUUUGGGCGAUGUGGCAUUUGUCAAACACACCACCAUUUCUGACAACAUGGAUGGCAACAAUAUGGAAUCAUGGGCCAUGGACCUGGAACUGGAGGACCUGAAGCUGCUGUGCCCGGAUGGCAGCGAGGCCGGGCCGUUUGACCAUGAGACGUGUCACCUGGCUGUGGUACCAGCUAAAGCUGUGGUGGUACGCCUCGAGGACAAGUGUAGAGUCUGGAAAUACCUGGAACGCCUACAGAAUGUGUUUGGGAACACCACCAUGUUCAGCUCAGUGGGCUACACCCAAUCAGAUCUCCUGUUUUCUGACUCCACCCAUCACCUGCUCAGGGUUGUGGGUAGUUACACUUCCUGGUUGGGUCCAACAUACACCACGGUCCUGCAGGCCUUCGAGUGUGAAAGUUUGUGCUGA